AAUAAUUCGAAUACAAUAAUUCCCACCAUUUACUCGGACUGUUAGUGAGAGGGAUUUUUUUAGGGCGUUGAUGUGGUCUUAUGCAUUUCUUAGGUGUAAAAACAUUCAAUUCGUUAUCUACUUAUUCGCCAUCACAACGAUAUUAUAACCUUCAACUAUCGGAAAAACCCGGUUCUUCUUAUUUCGACGGCCUAUUUGCAACUCCAAUUAACGAAUAUUGCCGCAUUCUUAAUUAACAGUUCCAGCGGUGGUACGAUCACGAAUGAAUAACGCGUAAUUGCAUAGUUUUUCGGAAAUUUAACACAGGGUGCAUCGACGGCUAGAGUCGUUAUUUGAGGUUAUGAUGCCGCGUUCGGAGGGGAGGUGGAGCUUGUCAAACAAAAACUGUACCUAGAUUCCGCUCCGCCGGUUGCUGUCAGGAAAUUCAAGUCAGAAUUCGAAUGUAACUGUACAAAUGGCAGCGAUCGAUAAGGUCAAAAUAAUCGUUGUCGGAGAUUCUGGUGUUGGAAAAACCUCACUGACUCAUUUAAUAUGCCAUCAACAACCGAUAGGGAAUCCGUCGUGGACAGUAGGAUGUUCGGUUGAAGUAAAGCUGCAUGAGUACAAAGAAGGCACUCCGAAUCAAAGAAGAUACUUUAUAGAGUUGUGGGACAUCGGCGGUAGUCAGAAUCACCAAAAUACUAGAUCUGUAUUUUACAAUCCGACAAAUGGUAUUAUCUUGGUUCACGAUCUGACUAAUAGAAAGUCGCAGCAGAAUCUCCAGAAGUGGCUUCAGGAAGUUCUAAACAAGGACGGUAACCAUUCCAAGUCUAAAUCUUUCGACGACUUUGAUCCCGAACAGUUCGUCGGUUCAACACAAAUACCAAUUUUGGUAAUCGCAACAAAGUUUGAUCUGGCCGCAGAAGUGAGGUCAAGUGUUCAUCGACGUUCAUCUACAAUUGCUGAGGAAUGUGGAGCGGACGAAAUAUUCUUGAUUUCUUUGAUCAUUGUCAGGAUUGUCAUCAAGUCAGAUCCUUGGCUGCAGGCUCGAGUUCUUCGGUGAAGCUGAGCCGAUUUUUCGACAAAGUUAUCGAAAGACGGUAUUACUCAGCGAGAGAAGGAAUCAGCCCAGACAAGCGAAGACUACCAGUAUACUCUUCGCAGUAUAGUCCAAAAUUUUAUCACAAUGACUGAACGAAGACCCUCCACAUCAUAUUUAUUGUAAUAUAUUUCACUUUACUCUCCCUUGUACCCUAUUUUACGGAACUACACAAAAAAAAAAUAUAUAUAUAUAUAUUUCUGAAUAAAGAAUCAAUACAUUCAGAAGCUCACUUGA